AUGUCAUUGAAAGCAUUUCCAAUUAUUUUCUUUAAUAUGGGCGGUGAAAUGAUAUAUAUAUUAGAACAACGUUUAUCAGCUCAAGAAAUUAUUGAUCAAAAAUCAGUUAAAGUGGUUAAUGAUGUUGUUAGUGCGAUGUUUGAAACAAAAUUUCUCGAACAAAUUCUUCGACCACAAGAACUUUAUCCAAAUAAAUAUGUUAAACAUAUCUUUGAAAAAUUAGCUCAUUCAAGCAUUAUGAGAUUAAAUGAAGCUAGUAUGGAUAAAGUAUGUAGUCUUAUAUGAUAAAUAUAAUGUUUAGUAAAACAAUGAUAAUUCAUAAUUUCCUUUUUUUAACCCUUUGAGUCCCGGUGAGACAUAUAUCUCCCACCUAGCGAAAAGUUCUAGUUUUCAAAAAAUUUCGAAUAUAUUUAACAAAUGUUCGUAGU